AGUCUCACUAUGUUGCCCAGGCUGGUCUCGAACUCCUUGGGCUCAAGCGAUCCUGCCCCCUCAGCCUCUCACAGUGCAGGGUUCACAGGCGUGAGACUCCACGCCCCAGUCUUUUCCUUUCUCUUUUUUAGAGAUGAGGUCUCUCUGUUGCCCAGGCUGGCCUGCAGUGGUGCAGUCAGCUCACCACAGCCUUGACCUCCUGGGCUGAAGCGAUCCUCCUGCCUCCUCUGCCUCACGAGUGGCUGGGACUGCAGGUGUGCACCAUGUGCCCACCGUGGGCCCAGGGUUGUAACUGGGUGGUUACGUGGGCAGCUUUUGCCUGGGAUGGCCACAAAGCCAGACUGCCAGUGACACAGGUAUUCCACGUAAGCCACGUUGUUGGUUCCCUGAUACCCGUGGGGCGGGGGGAAGCUGAGCCCCGAGCUGCCUGCAGAGCCCACCUGGUGCAGGCCUUGCCACCUCAGGGCUGCUACUCGUGCUCCUGCACCCUCCCCUGGCUAAGCCCCCAUUCCUCAAGGCCCCAUUCAUUUUUCCACACUCUGAGCUGUGCCCCCAAACCCAGGACAGCCGGGCUUGGCAGCCUCCACCUUGCGGCCAGCAUUCCCAGUGGCCCCUUCAAGAGGGUUUCCUGGAGCUUCCUGUCUGAGCUUCCUGGCCUGAGGGCAUCAGGAAGGAGCUUGCAGAGCUAGAGGUCAGCAGGUGGGCGGGUCACGUCCUGGCUUUUGGAGCGUGGAGCCAGAGAGGGUGGGACAGGCGACCUGCUGCUGGGCUUGGUGGUCCUUGCUGCAGGGAAGAGGAGGCUGCUGAGAACACAGGAGCUGCAGGGCUGGAGAGGGCUAGGACCGGGCGCCUGCCAAUGGGCAGCAGCGAGGGACCAGGACCAGGCACCUGCCGAUGGGCAGCAGCGAGGGGAGGGGCCGACCCAGACUCCCUGGCCAGCUAGGGUCGGACAGGCGUGCCAGGCCCCUUGGACUUCCCAAGGAGCCACUUAUUUGGCGUCUGUUUUUUCAUCUGUAAGUGGAAUGAGUUGGACAGGGGAGCCAAGUGCCCUCCCCUGUUCGAGAAGGUUCUUGUGGGCUCUGGGCCGGUACCAUGUCCUGCAGUGGGCAGGGGGCACCCUGGAGUGCGAGACCAUGCCCCCUUGUUCCAACAGGAAGCUGGGCCUCAGAGGGACCUGGGGCCUGCGUCUGAGACCUGGCAAGGGCUGGACAUCUCCCCAUCCUCACGGCUGUUAUGGCUGAAUUGUGUCCCCCCAAAUUCUCAUGUUGCAGCCUUACCCCAGCACCUCAGAAUGGACUGGAUUUGGAGAUGGGGCCUUUAUAGAGGUCACCAGGUUAAAAGAGGCUGUCAGGGUGGGCCCUAAUUCAGCCUGAUCAGCAUCCUUGUGAGAAGAGAUGAGGACACGGACACACACAGGGACAGCCCCAUAAGGACACAGGCGUUGCUGUCUGAAGCCCAGGGGAGGGUCCUCAAGGACCGGCCCUGGAGAUGCCAUGACCUUGGACCCCAGUGCCCAGGAGUAGGAGAAUCAGUGUCUGUCACUGGAACCGCCUGGCCGCGGUCCUUCCCAAUGGAACCCUGUAUUAGUCCAUUCUCACACUGCUAAUAAGUUCAUAUCCGAGACGGGGUCAUUUACAAAGGAAGAAGGUUUACUUGACUCACAAUUCAGCAGGGCUGGGGAGGCCUCAGCAAACUUACUGCUGUGGCCGAAGGGGAAGCAAACACAUCCUUCUUCACAUGGCAGAGGCAAGAAGUGCAGAGUGGGGGGGCCCAGGGUUUUGAAACCCCCUUAUAAAACCGUCAGCU